AUGUUAUCCGACAAAGAGGGGUGUUUUGUAGUCAUACCGUAUGGUUCACUCUCCGAGAAAGCUCAUAUAGCUAUCCAAAAGAAUUUUAGAGAGACCCAUAAACCCGGAAUCCCUUCCUGCACCAUAGUAUCGGAACGCAAC